UCGGCGGUUGUCGGUGGAAACGCGAGAGGGAAGAUGGUUCGGCCGUAUGGAGUCGAAGAGCGAAAGCUCAAGAGGAGAAGGGCGGAAGAAUCUGCGCCGAUGGAGGAGGAGGUUGAGGUCUUCGACGAGGGAGUACGCGAUGGGGUUGAAGAAGGGAUCGGAGACUUAGGGGAGAUAGCGGAGCCCGAGGACGAGAGGAGGGCGGAGCAGGGGGUGGACGAGAAGCCGGGGAUCCCGGUCACCGCGCCAGUCGACGGAGCGAAGCGGCCGGGAGUCAUAUUCGUUCUCGAGAAGGCGUGUUUGGAGGUUGGCAAAGUCGGGAAGAAUUUUCAGAUCCUGAACUCAGAUGACCAUGCAAAUUAUCUAAGGAAGCAAAAUCGAAAUCCUGCCGAUUAUAGGCCUGACAUCAGUCAUCAGGUUCGGAGUUGGAAAGCACUACCAUGUAAUUUUCUAACACAUAAUCAUUCUUCACCAGACGUGCUCCUCCGAUUACUCCAUGAAACUAAAUUGUCAACUUGAAGAUGAUGUUAGGCACUUCUCGCGAUAUUUGAUAGCCCCCUAGCUUAAGGCUGGUAGGCUGCAGGUUGUCUAUGUGAAAACAGAGAAGGGAGUUCUUUUUGAAAUCAAACCAUAUGUCCGCGUCCCAAGGACUUUCAAGCGUUUCUGCGGUCUUAUGUCCCAAUCGUUACAAAAAUCAAGUAUAAUUGCUGUCGGGAAGCCGGAGAAACUUGUGUGUCAUAAAGAAUUCUGUGACUCGCCAUUUGCCUGUCAAUUCCAAGAAAUUAGGUUGGUGCGAUGGCUCAUUGAGCGAUUGAUAAGGAAUACGCUGAUGAUUUUAUAUCGAGUAAGAUAUCAUACUUGAGAUAUAUAUGCUCUAUAUGAUAACUCUUCGUGGUAGCGCAGCUGCUUUUUUUUGUAACAUUGGUUUUCUUCAGUAGACACGGGGAAAUUCUAAGUGAUUGUGUAUUUUAUGAUUAUAUAUAGCUUUUGUUUGUAAAAGUGACUCCAAAAGAUCUGAUUACUGUAUGAUAUAGAAACUUUUAUUUUGUAUGACAAUCGAGCCUGCUAACUCCCUUGUGUUUUGCAGUUUUGGAAUACCCUCUGAGUGCGGCAUGCUGCU